GCUUUACGAAAAGGACGGUGAUGGAAAACUCCACAGAGGAGCAGCGAGAAGGCGGAGGAGCCAACGCUGAGAUACACGAGGAGGAGGCGGAGUGCACGGAGGAGAAGACACACAACAACCUCAAAGGAGCGAUUAACGGAGUGAUGGAGGGAGCAUCAGAAGCCUCGAGCGGAGGAGAGAAACUAAAGAACGGAGAUCGAGGAGGAGGAGGAGGAGGAGGAGGAGGAGGAGGAGGAGGAGGCGGCGGCAUCAUUGGCGAAGGAGCAGGUGACCUGUCCUCCAUCAACGCCAUGAUGUCAGCGGUGAUGUCAGCAGCAGGGACCAUCAACGGCAGCGGAGGAGGAGGAGGAGGAGGAGAAGGAGGAAGUGGAGUCACAUCGGAUUCCUCCGCCGGCCCCUCACCCAGCCCCUCCCCCAGCAAAACGCUCACGUCGGCCAUGAGAGCUCCGCCGAGCCGCAACGCCCGACGCACGGACAUCAAAGACGACGGCUUGACUCACGUGUGUCCGCUGUGUGAUAAGAGCUGCGGAUCCCAACACUCGCUGACCAUGCACAUCAGACAGCACAACGCCGACACCGGAGCGACGGAUCACUCGUGCAGCAUCUGUGGGAAAUGCCUGAGCUCGGCCUCGUCGCUGGACAGACACAUGCUGGUCCACAGCGGAGAGAGACCUUAUAAAUGUAACGUCUGUGGACAAACCUUCACUACCAACGGCAACAUGCACAGGUGGUGGAGGACGUGGCGUCGGAGGACUCGGCGGCGGUGGUUCGAGGAGCGGAGGAGGAGCUGCUGCCCUGUCCAAUCUGCUUCAAGACCUGCAGCUCUAGACUGGAGCUGGACGCACACAUGGACUCACACCCAGACACUGCACUGAGGUGUGAUUUCUGCUGCCUUUCUUUCCGAACCCACCGCGGCAUGUUGCGCCAUAACGCAGGCGUUCAUAAGAUCCUCCCCCAGGAUCCCAGCGGCCGACCCUUCAUCCAGAACAACCCCUCCAUCCCCACCGGCUUCAACGACCUGGCCUUCAUCGACUUCUCCUGCAAGAAGUUUGCUCACAUUGCACAGGUCUGGUGUGAAACGAACCUCCGCCGCUGCAUCAGUAAGUUCCAUCGGUUUGUCUGCGAGUGCUGCGACAAGGCGUUCCCGCUUCGCUCCGCCCUCGACCUCCAUAAAACCACCGCCCACCACGACAAACCCGCUGCCGACACAGAGGAGCCGGCUGAGGACGGAGCUGCAGAAAACGGCGUUGAGAACGACGGUCAGGAAGCAGCGGAGGACGUCCCGCCUUCUGAGCAGGCCGGCUUCCUGGAGGCUCUGGGUCUACAGCACGUUUCUACGGUGAAGUUUGGUCCGACAGACGAUGACAUCCAUCAGGCCCACCUCGACAGCAUCAAGGUGAUCCACGUGGAGCCGCCUUGCUCCAGCCUACCCCAGGAGCCCGCCUCAGCCUACCUGUCCGGGGGCCUGGGGCUGACUCUGGGACUGGGUGUGGGGGGGCUGCCAGGCCUCAGCAUCCCUCUGCUGGAGGCUGUGGACUCAGCCUCGGCCCUGCAGGGUCUCUCCCAGAGAGACGCCCUCAGCCUGCUGUCCCUGCAGCCCUUCCAGGCCGGCUUCCUCCUGCAGCCUGACGGGGGCGCCGCCACCGCCAGCGCCGCCUCAUCGGGAGUCAAACCCGGCGAGGCAGGCGGAGCCGGGAUCAUGGAGCUUGCAGACAUCCAGCAGAUCCUCAAAGUAGCGUCUGCAGCACCCAACCAGAUGGGACUGACCCUCCCCCCUCUGGCCAAAGCUCCAGGAUUUGCUGGAGGUCAAGGUUCAAGCCAGAGUCAGAAGUCGAUGCCUCCGCUGAAGCCCAAACCUCCCAUCACCCCUCGCUCCAGCCUCACUGCCACCACCCCUCCCCCCCUCCAGAGCUCCCAGCAGGCCUCACUGGGCUGCAUCAGCCCCAGCCUGCCGCCCCCCAACCCCACCCUCUUCAAAACACCCUCCUCAUCCUCCUCAUCCUCUUCUUCAGCUGGGAACGGAAGCCAGAUGGACGCUGAGUGUAUGGGUGACGCUCACACGCCUCUGUCUGAUUCGCCGCCGGCAGCGUCUACCGCUGUACACGAGGAGGCGGGGCUUAGCGGGAGAAAAGCAGGAACCAAAGGAGGAAACGUGGGGAGCAACGCCGGCUCGGCUAAAGGCUCGUACCCGUGCCGUUACUGUGACCAGGUGUUCGCCUUCUCAGGUGUCCUGCAGGCUCACAUGCGCUUCCACCUCGGCAUCCUGCCGCACCAGUGCAACAUCUGCGACUACGUGGCGCCGGACAAAGCAACGCUGAUCCGACACCUGCGGACUCACAGCGGCGAGCGGCCGUAUGUCUGCCGCGUCUGCCACUACCCGUUCACUGUCAAGGCCAACUGUGAGCGCCACCUCAGGAAGAAACACGCCAAGACCUCGAGGAAGGACAUCGAGAAAAAUAUAAAGUACGUCACCUCCACCACCACGGGGAACAUCGCCACGGCGAUCACUGCUACCACGACGACCACCCAGGACACUGAGACGGGCUGCACUGGAGCGGAGACCACAUGCCGGUUCUGCGGCGAGGACCUGAAGACCUAUCGGGCUCUGCAGAUCCACCUGCGCACACACAACGGCUGCCAGAGGAAACCGUUCGAGUGCCGGCGCUGCGGUGCCGCCUUCCUGGCCAAACGCAACUGCAUCCACCACCUGCUGAAGCAGCACCCUGAGGUGCAGGAGCGGGAGAUCGAGGACCAUAUCACCACACUGCUGCCAGCCGCCGCCACCGUUGCGACGGUGGCCUCUGCCCGCACCGCUCCGGUGAAUGCGAUGGCGUUGAACGGGAUCAGGCCACUGCAGGUGAAGGUGGAGGAGUUGGCGAACGUGGUUUAUCCUACAGAACUGGACCAGCCGCUGGACUUCUCCGCUAAGAGUCGUGGAGCUGGCAGCCAGGCGGGAUCUCCUGGGGUCAAACUGGAGAGCGUCUCCCCCAGCUUCGACUGCUCCACCAUGGACCAGCCCAUCGAUCUGUCCAUCCCCAGUAAGAGGCAGAGGAGGGAGGGAGCGAGCGCCGGAGAGAAGAGGGAGAUAAAGAUGGAGCAGAGCUGCAGCAGCAUCGAGCAGCAGCACGCUCUGACUCUGACUAAGGAGGAGAAGUCUGCCCUCACCCUGCCACCACUACACCCUCACCCCCAGCUCGGCUGCUACCAACUCCCCCCUGGAUCCACCCCUCCCCCCGCCUGCCUCCCCAACCUGACCACCUCUGGGCGACCUCAGCGCCUCAAACCCCUGCUGCCCAAACCUGCCACGUCCACCACCUCCUCGCCCUCCACCGCCCUCAAAGAGCUCCCUCCUCUGGCCUCCAUCGCUCAGAUCAUCCACUCCGUCUCCGGAGCUCCAGACCUGCUGAAGAGAGAAGCCACCUCGCUGGAGAGCAAACCCCAGGCGGCUGCUGCUGUCUCUCAGGCUGAUUUGGCCGCAGAUGUCCCGGGACCCUCGGCUGGUCCGGAGACACAGAGCGAGGAGACGACUGAGACAACGUCCAGUAGGAAGAGGACCAGAAAGAAACCGUCUGGGCUGGCGGCGAAGGAGAAAGCUGUUGUGAUCAGCGGCGGCGUCGGCAUCGACCUGGAGUCCAGCGGAGAGUUUGCCAGCGUGGAGAAGAUGUUAGCCACCACUGACGCCAACAAGUUCAGCACCUACCUGCAGACCGGUGCUGCAGACCUGGCAGGAAAGAGAGAUGAUAGAGGAGGAGGAGGGGAGGAGAAGGAGGGAGGAGCAAGGGAGGAGGGAAAGCCGUCGGUGGGUCCUCAGUCCAAAGGGAAGAAGAACGCCUAUUCCAACUCUGUCCAGAAGAUGACCUGCCCCUUCUGCCCCCGAGUGUUUCCCUGGGCCAGCUCGCUGCAGAGACACAUGCUGACACACACCGGUCAGAAACCGUUCCCCUGUCCUCAGUGCGACGCCUUUUUCUCCACCAAAUCCAACUGUGAGCGCCACCUGCUGAGGAAGCACGGCGUGGCCAACAGAUCGCUGCGACGCAACGGCUCCCUCACGAAGAAAGACGGAGACGACGGCUCGCACGAGAGUGCAGAGAGUCAGUCAGAGACCGAGCAGGCUUCAGCAGAAGCACACGAUCUCUGCAGCAGCCCUGCAGACUCCGGCUGCCCCACCACAGACCAGAGAACCGCCCCCUCGGACCAGCUGGGGUCGGGGUCCGCAUCAUCAAGCCCCGCCCACAGAGCGAGCCAAGGUUGUAGUCCAGCUGGUGAUGGAGAAGAUCAGCUGGAGACAGAAAGCACAGAGCAGCCGGAGCAGCAGGGGGCAGCAGAGAGCCGGCCGCUGCAGGAGAAACAGCCUCCGCACAGCAGCAGCAGCACAAAGCUGGAGAGCACAGACGAUGACGACUGCCACAGCAACAAGAGUCUGGAUCUGAACUUCGGCAAAAAGCUCAUCGACUUCAAGCUCUCCACAUCCUCCUCCACCUCCGCUCAGGAAGAACAACCAUCCCAACCCGCUUCCUCUUCCUCCUCCUCCUCCUCCUCUACCUCUGCUCCUCAAAUAGCAAUGGAGAGCCCGGAGGAGCAGAAGGAGAGAGGCGGUACAACCUCAUCCUCAUCCUCCUCUUCCUCCAGCAGCCCCGCGGUGAAGCAGCAGCCGGAGUACAAACACGUGUGUCGAGUUUGUAAGAAGAGUUUCCGUUACGCCACCACCCUCGCUCGCCACGAGAGGGCGCACCUCUCCGAGGAGACGCAGACGCCGGCAGCGGCGGAGGAGGAAACCUCGCCGGUGAAAGAGGAGGAGACGGAGAGCAAACCCACAGAGGAGGAGAAAGAAGAAGAAGAGGAGCAGAAGGAGAUGGAGGCAGACGAAGGAGGAGUGAAGGGAGGCGAUAGCGAAGACAGCGGCGAGUCGGAGGAGGAAGAGAAGGAGAAGGAGGAGCGCAGCGAUGAGGAGGCGUCAGAACCAAAGAGUUUAGAAGGAGAAACGUCAGGAGGAGGACGAGUGGACAAGAGGAAGAAGAUCUGCAACGUCUGUGGGAAACGUUUCUGGUCUCUGCAGGACCUGACCAGACACAUGAGGUCACACACAGGUGAGCGACCCUACCAGUGUCAAACCUGUGAGCGCACCUUCACCCUGAAGCACAGCCUGGUUCGCCACCAAAGGAUCCACCUGAAACCCCGCGGAGCAGACGGCUCCUCCGCAGCCAACGACGACGCCGUCAGCGAGGACGGAGACUCCUGCACCCCGACCCCGACCUCCACCUGCCCGCCGUCCGAGAACGAGAGCGAGUGCGGCAGCGGCACCGCGGGGGGCAAGGACCUGGAGGAGGCUGAGGAGCGAGGGGAGGAAGGCGACGGUUCGGACUCCGUCUCGCCGGAGGAGCAAAGCCCGACGAAAGCGGCGGAGUCUGAGUUUGAGUCGGAGCUCGAGAGCCAGACGUCAGCGGAGCCACAAGCGGCCGCCGUCACCACUGACCAACCAGAAGAAGAAUCUGAACUCUCUGAGACGCCGGCCCCCACCCCCGCCCCCGCCGACGCGUCCCCCAGCCAACAAGCUACUGACACAAAGACUAAAGACGCAGCAGGCGACGACUCCUCAACCAGCGACCCAACGCCUAACUCAAACAUCUCCAAAGACCCCUCUCCUCCUCCUUCCUCUUCCUCCUCCUCCUCCUCCUCCUCUCCACCCGAGGAGCCAGCGACAGCCGCCCCUGCAGAGGGCUUCAUCCAGGGGCUGCUGGAGAUCCACGCCAAGCCCCCCCUGGAGCACAUCCUGCCCAACGGAGAGCCUCCUCUGGUCGGGGUCGACUGAGGAGAAACUCCUCCUGGCUGUCUAAACCAACGUCACCACAGUGCCAUACGACAGAAACACGCUCCACCAUAUACGAUGAUGGUGGUGAUGAUGAUGCAAAAACCAGCCCGGAAAACUUUUUGAUAGAAAGAAAGACGAACCUCGUUUUCUUGAAGUGCCUUACUACUAGUCCUACUUCUAAGAGAUGUUUUUUUGCUAUAUCUUUAUCUGCAUUAUUACGGAGGAUGGAUCUAAUUUUUAUAGCUUUUUAUGAUGACAAUGAUUUGCAUUACUAUGUUUUUUGUUUUUUUUUGUGCGGGGAAUCUAUAUUUCAGCAAUAAGAAAAUAAAGUUACGAUUUAUUAUUGUUCUAGAUUCUGUUUGAGAAUUGAUGAUCAACUUUAGACGGUGACAGAGAUGGACUGUCUGGUGUCUGCGUUUAUUCUUCUGUAUUUAAAUCACAGCUGGGCUCCAGGCACACACACAAACAAACAGAGACGAAUCCAAUGUUUAAAAUUUUGAACCAGCUGUCGAUUUAAAAGCAAAAACUAUAACCGGGGUGAGGGGCUGGGUGGAGGGAUGGGGGGGGGUUGUCUUGACUUGUCUGCCAACCUAUUGCGGCUUUCCAAAAUUCACCAGCCACCUUCCCCCCCCUGUUUGAGCAGCCGUUUAGAUGUUUUUUUUUUAAAGAUUUAAACGUAGCUGAAGGUUUUGGCUUGGAGGCCCGCCGGGAUAAACGGAGACGUCACCAGCGUUUGGGGCCGAUGGUGGCUGCUCAUCUCCCACUAUGUGUUGACUUUUUUUGUAACUGGAAAAACAUGGCAGACCCGGUACCUUGUCACGGUGCCUUUAUUUUUUACUGCACCGCCGCCGCCGCCAAUCCCACCGUGUCUCAGCUGGUUCAGAAAAAAAAACACACAAAAAAACACUCAAGAACUCGUCAACGUCACAUCAGAUUUCUGUGUGAAAAGGAAACUCUGAAAGGGCAGAUAUAGUGUUUUUGUUCUCCAUGUUUUGUUUUUUUUAAACCCAUCACACUAUUGAUCCCAAGCCACCCUGUGAGUUGGUUUUUGUGUGUUAAAUAAUUUCUCAUUCAUAAUCAUUCUCAGUUGAUUCCAUGUGUGUACAGAGUUGAAACGUGGCUCGUGAUGCUAGAGUAUUUUCUGUUUAUUUGCGUGUGUGCGAUUAUCAGUGAUAUUUAGGUGUAGGGAGGGGAUUUUUUUUUUUUUAUAUAUAACUGAACAAAUCAAAAUUUUUGUUGUGUCAGAAUGUGUGAGACUCCCACCUGUCUGUCAUCUUAGCCCUCCCGCCCCCUAGUGUUCAUGUAGGGUUCAUUACAGGCCCUCUGGUGUGCUAACAUUGUCGCUAUCGGCUGACCCAGGUUCAGUUUACCUCAACUUCUGCUUUUAACUGCAACCAUUAAAAACAACAACAGGAGUGCAGCUCUGUAGGCAACCUUUUAAAAAUCCUAUGUCUUCCUGAUCAGGGCUAGCAAGACUAAUUCUUCGCAAGCCCGGUUUCCACUGUGGGCCAAAUCAGAGCUAACAAACGCUAGCACGUCCAGAGCUAAUGAAGGCUAACAACAGUCUAGUAAUAGAAAUGGCAAGGGCUAUCGCUAGCAAUGAGCCUUAACACACACACAUAGCAGAAAAACAGCGCUAACUUAUUAGCAUAGUCACCACAAACCUCUAAAAAGGAGUUGUUAGUCUGUGUUCUGGUGUGGCUAAACAGAUAUUAACCCCAGGGCUAACAGACCAGACAAGUUAAUGAUAACUAAUCUGUUAUUUCUUGCUUUGCUUCAGUGAACCUUUAAAAUAUCAACCAGACGACACCAAGCAAGUUAACCAAGCCAAGGCUUCGUAAAGUUGGUUAAAAGCAUUUCUAGGUGAUAGCAGGUUUAGCUAGUCUCUUCCCAGUAUUAUAGCCGAAUCUUUGAGUUGGCCCCCUGGAACACCUUUAUCACUCAUCCCUCUUUUUCCUGUUGGUUUCUAUCCAGAGACAAACAGACCUGCUCGACAUAUCCUUCAGUUGUUCUUUAGAAACGGCUCAAACCGAACGGUCGUAUCAUCUCUGAGGUCGUUAUUUAGCGUUGGAGACAAUCAGAUGUGGUUUUUUGUUUGUUUUUGUUUUUGUUUUUCUUUCUUCAAAUGAUGGAAUGAACGUCGGGCUAAACGUAUGAAACUUUUAGAGUUAAAACCCCUUCAGUUUAAUCUCAGUGUGCUUUCCAGAAGGAGCUAGAUGACGAGGUGAAAGGGAUGGAUGGAUGGAUGGAUGGAUGGAUGGAUGGAUGAAAGGACAGACAAAGAGAGAUGGAUCGAUGGGUAGGUUGGGGGGUUGAGAACUGUAUUUCCCUGCUGCACACACAACACACAAGU